UCCACUAUCGUCGUCAGAAUCCUUUGUUGCAUCUUUCAACAACAAACGCCACCUACUCAUCCUCUCAUCACCUUAAAUCGAUUCGUCGAUCCCGCCAUCUCUAUCCUCCUUCAUCACUUCCAACGAAACACACAUCACCGCCAAGAUGGUAGAAAGGAACGCUCCCAAGAAGGCCGUCCACUUCGGUGCUGGCAACAUCGGUCGUGGUUUUGUCGCCUGUUUCCUGCACAACUCUGGCUACGAGGUCAUCUUUGCCGAGGUUAACGACGCCACGGUAAAUAAGCUCAACGCCCAGAAGACCUACAAGGUGAUCGAGGUCGGCGCCGAUGGGACAUCAGAGUCCACCAUCACCAACUACCGGGCCAUCAACUCGAGGACACAUGAGGCCGAUCUCGUCCGGGAAAUCGCAACGGCGGACUUGGUCACCUGCUCCGUCGGCCCCCACAUCCUCAAGUUCCUUGCACCCGUCAUCGCCAAGGGUAUCGAUGCGCGGUCAACAGACCUCACCCCUGUCGCUGUCAUCGCCUGUGAGAACGCCAUUGGCGCCACCGACACCCUCGCCGAGUUCAUCAAGGCUCCCGAGAACACCAACCCAGACCGUCUUGCCGACUACGACAAGCGUGCCCGGUUCGCCAACUCGGCCAUCGACCGCAUCGUCCCCGCGCAAGACCCCGACGCCGGCCUGGACGUGAGGCUCGAGAAGUUCUACGAGUGGGUGGUCGAGAGCACCCCGUUCGAGGACCACGCGCCGCCCGCCGUCGAGGGCAUCCACUGGGUGAGCAACCUGCAGCCGUUCAUCGAGCGCAAGCUGUACACGGUCAACACGGGCCACGCGACGGCGGCGUACCACGGGUACAUCCGGCGGAAGAGCACCGUGUACGACGCCCUGCAGGACCGCGAGAUCCAGGAGGAGGUCCGCAAGGCGCUCGCCAACACGGCCAGCCUGAUCACGCAGAAGCACGGCAUCCCGCCGGCCGAGCAGCAGGCCUACGUCGACAAGAUCGUGCGCCGCAUCGGCAACCCCCACCUCGAGGACGCCGUCGAGCGCGUCGGCCGCGCCCCGCUGCGCAAGCUCAGCCGCAAGGAGCGCUUCAUCGGCCCCGCCGCCGAGCUGGCCGAGCACGACAAGGACUGCGCCGCCCUGCUCGACGCCGCCGAGAUGGCCUUCCGCUUCCAGAACGUCGAGGGCGACGACGAGUCGUUCAAGCUCGCCGAGAUCAUGGGCCAGAACGCGCCCGAGGACGUCGUCAAGCAGGUCUGCGGCCUCGAGCCCAAGGAGAAGCUCUUCCCGGCCGUUGUUGAUGUCGUCAAGCGCGUCCAGGCUGAUACUCAGUCGGACUAAGCCGGCGACGCAGCGGUCGCGGUUUCAUCAUCUUCCUGUCUUCUUGUCUUUGAUGAUUUGAUGCUCAUUUCUGGGCUUUGUUCCCGCCUUUGAAAGGCCAUGGGUGCGGAUUGGGUAGCGAUUGGGAUCUUUUUUGGCAACGCAUGGUUUCGGCGUUUAGAUUGGCUGUGAUUCCUUUUCC